UCCCCGCCACAUCAACUGACGCAUGCGCGCCGAAGGAAAGGGGCGGCCACUGCCAGUCAGCGUCGACAGCAGAAGACACAGGACAACUCGGCCCUCAGCUGGCAGGAGAGAGUGUAAUUUCCGCAUAUCGCUGCUAACAUGACAACUAUCAGUCCGGUGCACAUUCCAUACUCAGGCGGGAUUCCUGGAGGCGUCCACGAUGGCCUUGAGAUUCAAAUACAGGGAACAGUUCCACAUCACGCUCGCGAGGGAUUCAGCAUCAACCUGUGCCAGGGUGGCCGUAAGGAGCCCAACACAACUCUGCACUUCAAUCCCAGGCUUAACCAGAACUGCGUGGUUCUGAACCACAUGCAAAACGGGGCGUGGGGCUCAGAGGAGCGACGUAACCUCCCCUUCCAGAAGGGUGCUGCCUUCGAUCUGCACAUCAAAGUCAAGCCCCAGGUGUUAAAGAUCAAGAUCAAUGGCAGCCACUUCACCGACUUCGGCCACCGCAUGCCCAAAGAGACUGCGCAGUUUCUGUUAAUCGAAGGCGAGGUGGCCGUCUCCUUCAUUCGCUUCUCCGGACGCCAGGGCCAUGGCCACUCAGAAGACUGGCCCAAGGAAGUUGCUGGGCCUGCUGUGGCUGAACCCUUUGUGGGAGGGCGUAAAGCUUCUGGUAGAGGGCGCCACCAUCGUCCAUGGAAUGCAGGUUUUCCCAUGAUGCCUCAGCAGUUCCCAGGCGGCGGUGGUUUUGCCCAGCCAGGUAUGGAGUUUCAGCCCCCACCCUACAGCCCUUAUCCCAUGGGAGCAGUGCCUCCUCCUGCUGCUUAUCCUGGAGGUGCUCAGCCUAUUUAUAACCCUCCAGUUCCAUUCACUUCAGGCAUACCAGGUGGCCUGUCUCCAGGGCGCAUGAUCUACAUCAGUGGAAUACCAAACCAACACCCUUCAAGGUUCACCAUCAACCUGCAGAGUGACUAUGGUGCCACUGACGUGGCCCUGCACUUUGAUGUGCGUUUUAACUUUGGCGACAGCCGCAACGUGGUGGUGCGCAACCACUGCCAGCGAGGUCAGUGGGGCAGCGAGGAGCGUCAAGUCAACUACUUCCCCUUCAUGCCCAACGCUAACUUUGACCUCAUGAUUCUGGCCGAGCACAGCAGCUUUAAGGUGGCUGUAAACAACCAGCACUUUCUGGAGUUCCGCCACCGCCUGCCUAUCCACUCUGCAAGCAUCUUGUCUGUUUCUGGUGAUGUCAGACUCACGCAGGUCCGCUUCCAGUAAUGUCAUGGCUUCACUUCUGAUCGUGAAGGACAAAAAUCAAUCAACUCCCAGAACCUCAUGACACACUGAUGGAAGCAUAGUGUAUGUUUUGGUUAAAAGUGAUUGGUUUUCCCAGUUUCUAAUUUUUUGUUGUUUUCUCCAGUAUCUGUACUGUAUUGAUUGUUAUAUCUUUAAAAUUGUUGAAUUAAAAUUUGUUACGGAGAAGUUUCUGCUGUUGUUGAACAAAACUGUCUUAUUAGGCUUUACAGUUUACUAAUAUUACAAUUCUUUUUGUAUCCUGUGUAUUGUUUGUAUUACAUUAGCAUAGCCAGAGGUUUCAUGUAUAGGAAGAGGAGAAAAACAAGGAAAUAAGUAUUAACUGUUGUUAUAGAUUAUAAACUUUACUGUCUUUGUAUUUUGUUGUGGAGAAGACAAGAGGUUGAGAGAUGAAAAUGUUCUCAAAGGUGACUGUGUGCUCACUUCAGUCCUGAACAUUUAAAGAUAUUUAGUUUAAAAUGUUAUCUCUACUGUUAUCUCUAGUGUUAUCUCUAGUGUUAUCUCUAGUGUUUUUAUUAAAAUGUUAUCUCCAAGCUAGCUGAAGUUUUCAAGAGACUUAAAUUGUGGUUACUACUUGGGAUGAAUGAGAAUCUCAAGUUCACAGACAUUCAGUGAGUUUAAAGUAAGAAGUAAUGAAGUGUAGUGCAAUGAACACUUUAAAGCUAAGUGCAGGUCUAAAAAUAGCAAUUACAUACACAAUCAGGACUUCAUCGUGAGCUUGUUUGUACAGCUGUCACCAAACAUGCAGUUUGUUUAAUGGACAUCACGUCAGAUUUAAGAGGUGGAAGCUGUAGGCUUUUUGUUUCUUGUUACUAAUCUUGGUUGAUGUAGGUGGCAUUGUUACACCAUGUCUUCAAGGAUAUUCUUAGGUUAUGGAGUCCGCAAUGAUGGGACAUUUUCUGGAAUAUCUAUUCUAUAAGCUCAGUUAGAGAUUCUCUCUUUUAUCAUUGCCAUUAUUUUCUUAAUUCUUUUAUCUUUUUUAAUCACUAAUAUGAUCUUGGCUGAGAUGUGCAUCUUUUCUGGUCCAGUAUUGUUUGUAGUGUAAUAUUUUCAUUUUUGACAAGCUCCUGAAAAGGAAUUAUUUAUGAAUUUAACUACAAUAUGGGUUUGUUACUCAUUAUGGAUAUUGUUUUUUUUUCCUGGGGUUGUUGAACAUGACACAGAAAAGCUAACAAACUGUUAUGCAUGAGUAAUGAGUUUUUCCCAAAGACUGGGAUGACUCAAUUUUCUUGAUAACAGCGGCGAUAUGCACACAGUACUCUGAUCACAAAGUGAGAACACCCCUUUUUUUCAUAGCUGUGUCUGUCACAGCUGUGGAUGUCUGAUGAUUAUGAUGAUUGAAUGUUAUUUUUAAAGUUUCUUGAGAGAUUGCAUCUUUGAGUAAAGAAAACGCCUGUAUUGUGCAGACCUUUGUAAAACUUGUCUGCCAUUGUGACUAAGCACAAUGUUAUGAACACCUUUUGAUACAACUUUCCUACUUAGUGUUUGAUUAAACAGAGUGAUUAAAUGUUUUGCAAGACUUUU